UUCAGGGGGUACAUAUUUGUCAUUCACUUGUGUUAAUGUUAAAUUAAUGAGUCAGUGUGGCUCUUAAACAUUAUUUCUUACACCUAGUUUGAAGCAAAAUACACCAGUGAUGCAAUAAAUUUAAAAUAUAACAUCACACAGUAGGAGGAACUAACAAGAAGGCAGGGUUGAAGUGCUGUAUUUGCAUGUUGCAUACAUUCAUAGAAAGAACCAGACUUGACAGUAGCUCAUAUGUUUGAAGUCUACUCACUCACAGGCAUGGCUGCUCAUCUCAUCAUUCUUCUUCUCUUCAGUGUGCUCAAAGGAGUUCACAGCAUAACUACAGUCAGUAAAGUAUCAGUGAAAGCUGGAAAAUCUAUCUCCAUCCCAUGUCUCUAUGAGUCUCAAUACAAAAACCAUGUGAAGUACUUGUGUGAAGGAUAUUAUUGGACGUCCUGCAGAUAUGCAGUAAAAACAAACAAACCAGACCCUUCAGGAAAAUAUUUAAUCUCUGAUGACAAAAAACAGAACAUUUUUACUGUGACUAUAAACCAGCUGACAAAUGAAAACACUGAUUACUGGUGUGUGGUGGAGAUUAAUAAGGGAGAGGAUUAUCCACAGUAUUUUCACCUGUCAGUUACCAGAGGCACCCCCAGUCUCUAUGUGGAUCAUCAGAGGAUUACAGGAUAUAUUGGAGAAAGCAUAACUAUUAGAUGUAACCACAGUAACUCUGGAGAAAUGAAGUGGUGCAGGCUGGGCAGGAACUGUGUGACAGGAUCAUCUGGAUCCACAGAUGGAACAACAGUGACCGCUCACAUGAGCGACCCAAAUGUUUUCACAGUGACCAUGAGUGGACUAAGGUCAAAGGACAGUGGCUGGUAUUGGUGUGCUAAAGCGGACAUUCAGAUACCAGUAUAUUUAACUGUUACUGAGAACACUACCACUACCCCUACUACUGCUACUACUACUAGUACUACUAUCUCUACUACUAUUCAUACUGUUGCUGAAAAUGGAACAAUGGAACAAGGGAAAACUUCUACAAUAGGAGAAAAUAAACACAGAGCUUCAUUUGACCCAAGGAUCCUCGUCAUCCCUCUGAGUGUGUUGAUCUGGAUUGUAAUUGUGGUGUUGUUGAUCUGGUUUAUACUGAGACACAAGCAGAGUAAAGCAGACUCAUCAGUCACGCCAACGGCUGAAGAGGAAAUAAUAUACUGUGAUGUUAGACCCAAGAAAAGAAGUUUAGCCAAGGUGGACAAGGAAGUGACAUACUCUGAAGUUAGACUCUACGAAAAAGGGAAGUUCAUUUAA